CAGAAGGGGGCGAACGUCUGGGUUUGCCGCGCCUCGUCUCCCAGAAACGAGGACGACAAACAAGAGCUGCACGGCGUACUUUCCGACUGUGGAAAUGGCGCUUCGUGUUGUGAAAGCCUGAAGUCCACAGAGCCUUUUCGUUCCUGUAAUUUUUUUUAAACUCACUUAAGGCUCUUGGAAUUGGUGAAUUUCGAGAACAAACGGAUUAUGACAGAGGAAGGAGAGAUUCUUGAGGGAAAACAAAGCAAUAGUGGCUCCGAAGCCUUCAUCAUCCUUGGACAGUGAACGAUGCAUGACCUGACUGCCCAAGUCACCAGCAGCCUGCUGCCCUUCUCUGGAGUGACUGUAGACGCUCUGGGUGAGGAUGAGAUCAGCCUGGACUGUGUGCUUCAUGGCAGGUUCACUGUCGGCCGCAGCGGGUUGGCCUGGCUGGCCAGUGGGUCCAACCUGGAGGUUGUCCACGCCGUGACAGGCGAGCGGCUGUCUGCGUACUGCUUCAGCGGCGGAGGAGGAGAACACCCACCCAUUGUUCUGGCUGCCAGGGAUUUCAGCUGGCUCAAACGGUCUGGGCUGCUGGUUGGCUUGGAGGAAACCGAAGGCAGCGUUCUGUGUCUGUAUGACUUGGGACUGUCCAGGGUGGUGAAAGCUGUGGUCAUACCAGGCAGGAUUACAGCUAUUGAACCUCUAGUGAGUUAUGGUGGAGCCAGCACUUCCACGCAGCAACUCCACCAGAGUUUACGCUGGUUCUUUGGCAUUGCUGCCGUGGUAACGGAUCUGGGUCAUGUCCUGCUUGUGGACCUCUGUCUUGAUGAUCUGUCCUGCAGCCAGAGUGAACUGGAGGCAUCAGACCUGCAGGUGGUGACCAAAUCUCCUGCAGACAUCCCGCGGCUCAGAGAGGUCAGCUCCCGCCAGGGCAGACAUCUCUGCCUGCAGCUGAACCCGCCCAGCGGCGUUGGCGCCACGGCCCUGCAGUACGUGUCCAGAACCAACCAGCUGGCAGUGGGAUUUUCUGAUGGACUCCUGCAGCUGUGGAACAUGAAGACGUUGAAGAAGGAGUACCACUCGCAGCUGGAGGGGGGCAGAGUGCCUGUUCAUGCCUUCACCUUCCAGGAGCCGGAGAACGACCCCAGGAACUGCUGCUACCUCUGGGCUGUCCAGUCUUCUCAGGAUCUCGAGGGAGAUCUGGUCAGCCUCCACCUGCUCCAGCUGGCCUUCAGCGAAAGAAAGUGUCUGGCUUCUGGGAAGAUCCUCUAUGAGGGUCUGGAAUAUUGCGAGGAGCGAUACAGUCAGGAGUUGGGCGGCACGUCGUUUCCUCUCAGGGCUCAGGCCACAAACACACGACUGCUGAGCUGCCAGACCAUCGAGAAGUUCAGAGCCCAUCCUGACAGGGACGACAGUUUGAAUGAAGUUGCAUCCCCCGACACCAGUUUGUCCAUCUUCUGCUGGCAAGUCAAGGCUUAUGGCCAGGGAAGUCCCUCUAUGUAUAUCGGGGUCUUUGACAUCAACCGCUGGUACCAUGCACAGAUGCCUGACUCUCUGAGAACCGGGGAGUCUCUCCAGAAUUGCCCCUACCUGGCCGUUUGGUCCCUGGACUCGGUGGUGCAGAUGGUGUCGACCCAAACCUUCCUGGAUGUGGUUGUACACGAGCGCAGCCUGAGCCGGGGCCUGCCCUUCACCUGCCCCCCUCCGGAGCAGUACUUCAACCCAACCACUUACAACUUCGAUGCUACUUGCCUACUUAACUCUGGAGUUGUGCACUUAACCUGCUCUGGGCAUCAAAAAGAGACUUUAAGUUUGUUGAAGAAAGCUGCACCUUGUUCCAGUGACAUCAUCUCCAUCAGCUACUCCCACUGCCUGAUGUCCGGCCUCCUCUCGUCCCACGUGGCAGACGCUCCGGCGGCCAGCCUCUCUCAGGAGGAGCAGCUCGAUGCCAUCUUGUCAACAGCAGUUGAAACCAGUUCCUUGGGCUUAAUUACUGGUUGCAUUAAGCAGUGGACUGCUGAAGAACAACCAGGAUCUGCUCUGAACCUGCGCUACAUCCUGGACUGGGCUUGGAACAAAGUAGUCCAGACCAAAGAGGAGCUGGACGGCAUCUGUGCUCCGUUGUUCGACAGCUCGUCCAACUUCACCGACCCGCAGACGCUGCAGUUGCUGCAGCACACCCAGAGGCUGCUUAGCAACCUCAGCGCCAUCUUCCACUGCCUGCUCAGCGAAGCUCAGGAACUCACACACCAAGGUUUGGCAGGUCUGAUGAACAAGAACAUGGUGUCCAGUUUAAUUUCCAAAUACGCUCAAGUGGUCCUCUGGUUCUGCCGCACCGGCUUACUCCCUGAAGGAUCAGAUGAAGAUGCUCUCCAGAUUCCCAGGCCUUUCUUUACUCACUCAGUCAUCAGUAACUAUUACGCCAUACGCAGGGAGGAGUUGACCAGGCUGGCCAAGAGUAAAUGGUGUGCCGAUUGCCUUAUGAUCGACGGUUUGGUUGGACAGUGUGGUGAACGUCUGACCGAUCUGUGGCGGCGGGACGAGGGCGGGACAGGACAGUACCCCCCACCUACUCUGCAUGCCUUGCUUGACCUCUACCUUCUGGACAACAUCGAAGAAGCUACCAAGCACGCCAUUGUGAUUUACCUGUUGUUGGACGUCAUGUACUCUUUCCCCAAUAAGGAUGGAACAUCAGUGGAAUCUUUUCCCACAGCUUUUUCCAUCCCCAUCGGACUGGUUAAACUGGUACAAGGACUGUGGCUGCUGGAUCAUAACGACCAUCAGAGUUCGUUUGAUCUGCUCCUACACCCGGCUGCUUCUCAUUUUCAUUUCGAGUGGCAGCAUGAGCGGGUUCUGCAGGCGCUGAUGUGUCAGGGCCAGCAGUCCGUGGCACUGCGCUACUUCCACGUCACAAAGCCUCCGAUUACCUCCACCGCUCAGGCCAAACUUUCUCUGUCCGUGCUGCUACACAACAGGUGUCUCAUCGAGGCGUGGUGUUUACUUCGGCAGCACUCGAACCGCUUGAACAUUGCUGAGCUGCUGGGCUUCCUGUACGAGAGCUGCCAGGAGCUGGGCCUCAUGAAGGAGCUGCUCAAGCUGCCUCUGGGCCUCAGUGAGCAGGACUGUUUGGAAAAGUUUCUUCAAGGCACAGGCGGCCUUCAGAACAGAGAGCUGCUGAUGGUUCACUACCUGCAGCAGGCCAACUACAUUCCUGCUCUGCAGCUCAACCAAACCCUCAAAAUGAACCUGGUGAACGAGCGAGACCCAAAGGUCAAAGAGCGAUCCAACACCAGGAACUCUAUCCUGGACCAGUACGGCAAAGUUCUGCCCAGAGUGCAGAGGAAACUGGCGAUGGAGCGAUCCAAACCUUAUCAGCAUCCAGCCACCGUUCACAGAGAAGUCUCUCGGCCGCAGCCGCUGUCGACCGUCACCAAGCGCUCUGCCAGCGAGAAGGUGAUGUCCAGAGCUGGAUUCAUCAGCAGCGUCCUCACCAAGAUCGAGGAGGUUUGGCUCGGAAAAGAGGCGACGCCCCAGUCCUCGCCAGCCAGGACACCAAAAGCAGCGGCUGCCCAGAGCUCCAGUCCCAGGUCAUCGUCGCUCGGUUUUACUGAUCCCUUCCUAGGAACGCCCAUCACUAUGACAUCCAAACGAAAGUCAAGGCUGAUGGAUCUGGUGGUCCACCCGUCCUGUCACACGCCUCAGCCUCUCCUCAGUCCCCCAGGACCCACGACCUCCUGGGUUUCUCCAAAGAGCUCCAGAAAAGCGCCCGAGUUCAGUCUGCUGCAGACGCCGCAGGUCGUCAAGCGAGCUCGGGCCCUGGCUGCUUCUGGCCCCAUCUUUUCGGCGUUCACACCGCAGUCCAUCCUGCGCAGCAACCUGAGGCCUACGCCUGUUGCUACGCCGUCCGCCUCUCCAGGCCGCUCCAUCACCCCCCCGCUACGCGCCAAAGAGAGCCGCAUCACCUUCAUAGAGGAAGGAGAGACUCCUGAGACGGAGAAGGGGGUCCGGUGGACUAACGGGAUGGCAGCAGACAGUGAGAUCAACCAGCUAAGCAGAGGCUCCAAAGCGACACGCAAGACCUGGUCUUCACGACGUCCUGAGGAGGAAGACGAGGAGGAAGAGGAGGAGGAAGGACAACAUCCUCAUGUAAAGUUCCUUCCUCCAGAAGGCAGCGUUCCCUCACCGCAGCUCAGGCGCUCUGAGAGCGAGCCGUCUUCCACCCAGGAAGAAGGAAAUCCAUCAGCUGCGAGUCAGAUAAAUAUCAGCGUGAACUUUGACACCAGCCUGACGUCUGUCCAGUCAACAGACACAACGCUGGAGUAUUUCGAUGCUCCGCUGUCAGAAGACCCACAGAGAGCCCAGGGACACAAACCUGGGGAGGAGGAAGAGGAGGAUGAUGAUGUGGUGACUCUGAACAUCAGGUCUGAGAGUGACAAAGAACCAGAACAAACACCUGAUCUGACCUCAGAGGAAAACCUUGACCUCCCCUCAAACAUGGCGGCAGAGGAGUCUCUGAGGGAAGGAGAGGAGGUCAGCGGGAGGGGUCAAGCUCUGAGGGAGGACGAGGAGCACGGAGCUGAAUCUAAAGGAGAAGAUGAUCUGAACACUGUCUCAGUGAGCAAAGAGGAAGUUGUGGCAAGUCCUGAUGAAGAUGAGCCAUCUACUCAACAUGAAGUAUUCUGGUCCAUUUUUCAUGCUGCAGUCGGUAACCAGGUGAGCGAGAGCUCAGACUCUAAGGUCAGGUCUGAGGUGAAAGGUGAAGAGCUAAACGUUCAGUGGGAGGCAGCCGAGUCGAACACAGAGCAACCCGAAGAUGGUAGCGCCACAACCGAAGCAGCACUAGAGCUGGAGCAGAGCGCAGAUCUGACAGAGUUUGUACAGAAGCACCUGUUUGGUGAUGACCUGUCUUCUCCGCUCAGCCGCUCAGCGAUACACAACGCCUCUCUGAGCCAGACCAGCCUCCACAGUGAGGAAGAGGAGGAGAAUGCAGCCGCUGUAGAUCCGUCGGUUUUCACGCCACAGAAGUCCACGGUUUCUGUGACUUCCUCAGAGCUGACAGGCACCGACUCCCACUCUGUAGUGAGCUUGAAUGACAGCGAAGAACUGUCCAGUCCUGCAUCUGAGGAUGAAGGUGAAGAGGAGUCAUCCAAUCCAGCUGAAGAGGGAGAAGAAGAAGAAGAAGAGGAGGAGGAAGAGGAAGACUCUGGCAGUGAGGUGGAGAUCAUUGAUGAGGUUCAGGGUAACGGGAGGCUGCCGCUGCUGCAUCCCGGCUCGGUCCUCAUGCAGGAGGAACACGCCCACUUCCUGCAGGAUCUGUCAGAGCAGCGAGCCGCCGAGUUCUCCCUGAUCGCACCUGGUGCAGAGAUGAAGAUCGUAGAGGACGACAUCGAAGGCGAGGUUGUGAUGGUGAGACUCGGCGGAGACGAUGGCGGGAUGGAGCUGGACGCCAACACGGAGCCAGCGUCGUCGUCAUCGUCGUUAUACACGGAGCUCAAACCUUCCACCACUCUGCUGGUUCCCUUCGAGUUCAUGGAGGGACAGCAAGGCCUGGUGGACGGCGCCGACCUCGCUCUUCCUGAGCUGCAGCCGGGCGCUGUGGCCGAAGAGCAGCAGCCGGAGAUUCACACCGGCUUCACGCUGAUGCUGGACACGGAAGAGGACGGAGUCAAGGAGGCGGAGGCGGCUGUGGGGAAUGAUGUACAGGCGUCGGAGCUCCCUGAGCCGCUGCAGAUGGAGAGGGAAGACCCGGGUGACGAACCUGACGUCAUUCCUUUGGACGAGGGUAACGGGGAAGAAGCUUCACCAGAAGGAGAGAGCGCGGCGAUGGAAAACCUGGGUCAAAAUGAUUAUCGUGGACUUGAGGAAGAAGAGCUUGGAGAUUCACAAAUUGAUCUACAGACUGAAUCUACUGCAGAGAAACAGGAGACCGGAGACUCUGCAGAGAUGAAAGCUGAAAAGGUAGAAGAAAUUAGAUCAUCUGAAGAUCAGGAAGCUCCUUCUGUAUCGGUUCCAGAAGAACCUCCAGCUGCUGUGAACGAUGCCGACCCGGCUGAAAGAACAGAAGCAGUUGAGGAGGAAAAACAAAUCCCCGCUGAGGAGCUGCAGCUGCCUGAGGGGAACGGGUCUGUUCCUACAGAGGUGGAAAACACCGAGUCUGCUGUUGAGGACAAGAAGCCUGAGCGCACAACAUCAUCAGACACCGAAGUUGGACAUGAGGAGGAAACAGAGGAACAACCCAGGAGACAACUGAGGCAUAAAAACGUUGCAGAAGAACCUUUGGAGAACAUUGUUGGCGCAGAAAGUCAAACUGCGAAACAAACGCCAGCCUCUCAGAGGAAGAAAGAUCCUUCUACUCCAUCCCAGAGGAAGACAAGAGGACGAAACGCGACUUUAAUCUCUCCAGAGGCAGUGAGUGAGCCAGAGCUGACGAAAACUAGCAACGACGUUCCUGCCUUGCCAAGUCGUACUCCAAGGAGAGGCAAGCCGCUCCAAAUCGUCACACCUCGCAGAAGUACUCGCAAAACUCAGCCGGUAAUUCCUAAAGAGGAGCCUGAAAACAUGGAUUAUGAGAUUUCCGCAGCUUCGACCUCCAAGAGGGCUUCGCCAGGCAGACGAUCGCAGAGAGCUGCUGCAACAAGAACCGACAGCGAGGAGGAAUCUGCGACCGUAGAGGACAGCCAAGAGGACGAGGCUGUGGAAACGAUAAGGGGUCGCAGAAACAGCAGCAAGACUCCAACUCCUUCCAAACGCAGGAUGACUCAGGCCAGCACCCCCAGGAGGUCCGGCAGAAAGACGAGCAAUACCAACGAGGAAGAGCUGACCCCGGUGACGGUCAAAGAGGAGCCGGUCUCUCUAAAAUGCAGCGGCAAAAAAAUUAGACCACAGAUGCUGCCAGUCGUGUUUGAAGAAGACGAAGGAGAACAGAAAGAGGAAGAGAAGAAACGGCAACUUUCCCAUCCUCGGAGGACAACUCGACAGUCCAGCCAGAUCACUAUAACUGUGUAUCCUCAAGUAAAACUGGUUCCUGUGUCCCUUCCUCAGAGCAACAGGAGGAGGAGAGAAGAAAGUGGUUCAGGAAAAGUGAGAGAAGGUAAAGAUCCCCUGGAGUCUGAUCCAAACAAAAGCUCUGAUCCCACCAACAAUUGCCGCCCAAUGAGAAGCAGACUCUGGGACCAUCCAGAGGAGGAUCUGCCCCUGCUGGACUCUCCGUUAGAGGUGGACUCUGAAACUCCUGUUGCAGACGCCCUCAUCAAGAGACUCAAGGAUGAAGAGGAGAAACGGGGAGGUGUAAAGACUGAGAGAACCAGGAGGAGGAACACCAAAUCCUCAGUGGAUCAGGUUUCAUCUCCUCCGGAACCAGACGGCCCGGCGCCUGAACCUGCAGCAGGCCAGUCCAGUCCAGGAGAAAACUCGUUCAUCUACUCGCCCUCCCGACGGCGACAAACAAGAGCUCGUACAGCGGAGUCUUCUUCGCCAGGCGAGGAGUCUGAGGCGCCGGUCACCCGCAGCAGGAGCAGAGUCAAAGAUGCUUCUGUUCAGGAUAAAGUUUCCUCAGAAGCUGAUCGCGCUGAAGAGGAGAAAACAUCUAAAACCAGAAAAACAAGCAGGAAAACAGCAAAGUCCGCAGCUGUUCCGGAGUCUGUUCCCAUCGCCGAGGUGGAUCUGAUCUCGCCGCUGCCCAGCCCGGCUGAGCCGCUGCCGCGAGCGCUCAGGAGGAUCACAGACGAAGCGCCGGUUCCGACCACCAGGAACCUGCGGCGCAAACGCGUCAUAGACAUCGUUUUCUCAAAGCCCGUCACCAGGAGGAGGAAACUUUGAGGAGGCAGGAGGUGGUAGUAACCAGUGAACCUCAGGCGGCUGUGUGAAGAUUUGAACCAAAUCAAGUCGAGAGCUGUCAAAUAAAAAGGAACGGCCUGAACUUAUGAUGGUUCUGCUUCUUGAAAUGCCUCAUAGUGCUGCAGUUUUUCUGAAAAACUUUCUUCUACAAAGAGGAAAAUGGAAACGGUGGACGUGGGAAGGUUUAUUUUUGGGACAGAAACGGUAAAUUCAGUGUGAAGGAGGAUUUUAUUUUUGGAGUUUACAUUUCCUUCUCAUGCAAACUUGAUUUCACUUGAUAAGUGACCAUUUUAUGUUCUAAAGCUUGAGCUCUGGACACUGAAAGGCACAAAGAAAAGCAAUCAAUGUGGAUUUUUAGAGGUUCCUAAUGAUGAACAACAGAUCUCAUGAAGAGGUUUUACUCCCUUUCUAUUAUUUUAAGGCUUUCUUGUUGCCGUUUUAAAAGUUCAAGACCUGCUGUUUUUCUAUUCAAGAGGAAAAAGGCAACCGGCUAGCAGGGAUCUAUUGCUACUGCUAGAUUUGUAUAUAGUCAUUUGUUAUGUUCCAAAUAAAGUUAAUAAUUAAAUCCUAAGGAAUUAAGUUUAUUUUGAAUUUGAAGUGUCUUGAAUGCAUUUGAUGAUCAUAUCAGAUUGCCUUUGCCAAAGUCUUAAAAUCUAAGAGGAUUUUGUGUGUAAAACUGCUGCUGUCGGCAGAUAUGGGAGAGAUGUAAAGGAGAAAAAUGCACAACAAUUUGCAGAUGUAAAAGUAGCUCGGGAGACAAUAGGUUUGUUACAUGCAAUUUAUGGCAACAAGCAUCUGAUUCAGACUAUUUUCUGAUUGAAUGUAUGUAGAAUGUCUUAUUUUUGUUGACUGCUAUUUGAUAAAUAUGGUUAACCUAAAAA